CACUAGACUUAUUGGUAUCUAUCAUGGAGACAUUGAAAUAUAUGCGGUUGAUAUUCUUAUUGUUUUAGCAUCUGAGGCUUAUUCUAACGGUAGAGUUAUAUAAGCACUGGGAGUAUCAUAAAGAAGGUACAACAAAGGGCUGUUCCUUCUCAGAAUGUACAGUGAGUUGCGCUUCAUCGCACCUUCCUGCUGGGCCGGCCUCCUCAAAUGCAGGAUAAGGAAGGUGCGAUUCAGCUGGCCAGGUGGGCUGUUCCUUCCUAGUGCACCCUGUGCAACUUUAGGCCAUGCAUUGGACAUUCCUAUUUGGGCUCCUAUUAGUUUUCGCAGGCAUGGUAAGUGCCGUGGAGGGAUGCCUACUUUUUCUUCACAUGGUUUUCAGGGUAUUUGUUGUCAUUCAAUAAAGUUGUAUAGAAUCGCUCAGUGUUUCUAAUAUGAAAGGUUGCCUGUUUAAAAUAAACGCCGCAUGUCAUUAUCUGGG